AUGACCCGCGUGACGACGGCUGCAGCGUUACGACGUGUAAAACCGCCCGUGAGCUCCACGGCUGAGCCCUACACCUCGAGCCCCCCGGGACCCUUCGCUUGGCCAUUGGUGGGCAACGUGCUGCAGCUGGGCCGCCUGCCCCACUUGGCUUUCGGGCGGAUGGCGCGCCGCUAUGGUGCCGUCUUCCAGCUGCGGCUGGGACGCCGGCGGGUGGUGGUGCUCAACGGCGAGGCGGUCAUCCGGCGGGCGUUGGUGGGCUUGGGCGCCCGCUUCGCCGGCCGCCCCGAUUUCCCAUCCUUCGAGCUGGUGUCCGGAGGGCGUAGCGUGGCUUUCGGGUCCUGCUCGCCCCGCUGGAGGGCUCGCCGGCGCCUGGCCCACGCCGCCCUGCGCGCCCGCUCGACGGCAGCCGAGGUGGAGCGGCACGUGGCGGCCGAGGCGGGGGACCUUGUCCGGCUCUUCCUGCGGCGCAGCCGGGGCGGCGCCUACUUCGAGCCCUCCCCGCUCUUGGUGGUGGCCAACGCCAACGUCCUCUGCGCCCUCUGCUUCGGCCGCCGCUACGGCCACGCCGACAGAGAGUUCACGGCGCUGCUGGGCCGUAACGACCGCUUCGGGCAGACGGUGGGGGCGGGCAGCGUGGUGGACGUGCUGCCCUGGCUCCUGCGCUUCCCCAACCCCGUGCGCCGCGUCUUCCGCGACUUCCAAGCCCUCAACCGGGAGCUGCACGCCUUCGUGCGCGCCAAGGUGGCGCAGCACCGCCAGACCUUUGACCCGCGCGCCCUCCGCGACGUCAGCGACGUCAUGAUCGCUGCCGUGGAGCGCGGCGACAGCCCCCCCGAGGGGCUGGGACCCGAGGACGUGGAGGGCGCCAUGACCGACAUCUUUGGCGCGGGGCAGGACACCACGUCCACAGCGCUCUCGUGGGUCCUCCUGCUGCUGCUGAAGCACCCACGGCUCCAGCGGGACCUCCAGGCCGAGCUGGACCGGGUGGUGGGACGCUCCCGGUUGCCCACGGCCGAGGACCGGCCCCACCUGCCCCUCCUGGAGGCCUUCAUCUACGAGACGCUGCGCUACAGCAGCUUCGUGCCCAUCACCAUCCCGCACGCUACCACGGACGACGUGGAGCUUGAGGGCUUCCACAUCCCCAAGGGCACCGUGGUCUUCGUUAACCAGUGGUCGGUCAACCACGACUGCAACAAGUGGCCCGACCCGCAACGCUUCGACCCCGCGCGCUUCUUGGAUGCGCAGCAGCGCCUGGACCGCGACCGAGCUGGCAGCGUCAUGAUCUUCUCGGCCGGACAGCGGCGCUGCAUCGGCGACCAGCUCUCCAAACUCCAGCUCUUCCUCUUCGCCGCCAUCCUCCUCCACCAGUGCUCCUUCCACGCCAACCCGGCGGAGCACCUCACCAUGGACUGCAUCCACGGGCUGGCGCUGAAGCCGUGGCCCUUCACCGUCACUGUGCGGCAGAGGCACCCCGCGCUCAUCCAGCCCUGA